CCAUGUAAACAUUGCAGCCAGCUCUAUCGCUUUAUUUUGAACCGCUGGAGGCAAGGAGCAAAACAUAACAAAGUAUCAGUCGGUCACAAGUAGUCGAUGUGGUCGGGCGCUUGUGUGACUUACUUUGAUUGCAAGUUAGCUUUGAUCAAUUAAACAUAAAUAAACUUAUCUACUUCACAUACGAUUUAUAAACGGGAAUCCUUUUAUACCGGUCAUCAUGUUUUCCACAAAGAAAAGUGUUGAGAAAUUCCUGCAAAUGUACAAAAAUGAGCUGCGUCGGCACAUCAGCAAGACAACCAGUGUAACGAAUUCGGAUGCAAUGGUACCCAGGCUGGACCAAUCCAACAUCUCGUUAAAUCAGAACGAAGAUGCGGGACCGAAGAGGUUGCUGAAGUUGCAGAAAUAUCACAGAUUCCUGUCGACCCUCACAUCUCAGCAAAUGCCACUGGCAGCCCGUGGACUGGCUGUCUCCAAAGACCAGUCCCGGGAGUUCAUGGCUUGCUUUCCGGACAUCGUGAGGGACCUGACUGAAACUGGCAAGCAUAUUGACGUGCCGGAAGCCAGCAAAUGGUUGGCCAAGCUGUUGCAGUAUAAUGUGCCAAAUGGAAAGAAAAAUCGGGGCCUAGCGACCGUACUUGCUUACAAAAUGUUGGAAAAACAGCAAAAUCUAACGCCGGAAAAUAUUCACCUCGCUAACAUCAUGGGAUGGUGCACAGAAAUGUUCCACACACACCAAUUGCUAACAACCGAUAUGAUGGAGGGUGCGGAGAUGCGCCGCGGCGUGCCUUGCUGGCACCGACAGCCCAACGUUGGGCUCGGCGGCAUCAACGACAGCGCCCUAGUCCACUCGGCCAUGUGCUCAACCCUUAAACGAUAUUUCUCGAACAAGCCCUAUUACAAGAACGUACUUGAGAUGUUUAAUGAGAUGUUGCUUAAAUGUUCAAUCGGCCAUUAUUUAGAGUUGCAAAUGAUGAAAACAGACAAGCCAGACCUUUCGCUAUUCACAAUGGAGAAAUACGAAGCCAUCACGAAAUACAAGACCUCGUACUACACCUUCCAAAUGCCCGUUGGGCUCGCCCUGCUCAUGUCGGGCGUGGACGACCCUGAGACGCACAGGCAGGCGAAGACGAUCCUACUAGAGAUGGGAGAGUUCUUCCAAAUUCAAGACGACUUCCUUGAUUGCUUCGGAGAUCCAGCAGUAACGGGAAAGACAGGAACAGAUAUUCAAGAUGGCAAAUGCACCUGGUUGGCAGUAGUCGCCUUGCAGAGGGCGAAUUUUGCUCAACGUCAACUCAUGGAAGAACACUAUGGAAGCUCCAAGCCUGAAGAUGUCCAAAAAAUCAAGGAUCUGUAUGAAGAACUACAAUUACCUCACACAUACUCAGUCUACGAAGAAGCCACUUAUGAUCUCCUAAGAACACAAAUACAACAAGUUACUAGAGGAUUACCACACGACCUUGUAUCACAGCAGCAGUGGUAUAAAUUGUCUACAAAUGCCUCUAUAUCAGAAAUGCAAAGAGAGAAAGAGACAUUUCAGGAUUUUCUACCAGGUCUCAUUGAUUCAUUGAUGACACAUUCGAAGUUUGCUGACAUACCUGAAGUAGCAGUCUGGACUAAAGAGGUAUUACAAUACAACUUACAAGGUGGCAAAAAAACGCGAGGUCUGACAACUACCUAUGCAUACGAGACCUUGGAAAAUCCAGAAAACAUAACCGAGGAAUCUCUUAAGGUCAGCAGAGCUAUGGGCUGGUGUGUUGAAAUGUUGCACGCGUACUUUUUAGUGAUGGAUGAUAUAAUGGAUGGUUCCACGAAGCGCCGCGGCGUCCCCUGCUGGUACCUGCGUCCCGACGUGGGCCUGGGAGCUAUCAAUGACUCCAUACUAAUAAACGCAUCGAUAUACGAGACGCUGAAUACACACUGUGGAAGUUUACCGCUAUACCGCAACAUUGUGGAUCUUUUUAAUGAGGCCAUCCUCUACACAUCGGUAGGCCAACACCUGGACUACACGAUGGCCCAUCGAAACAAGAACGACUACAGUCUGUUCACUGUAGAGAGAUACAGUUCUAUAGUGAAAUACAAGACUGCGUACUAUACGUACAAGCUGCCAGUCUGUUUGGGACUCUUCCUGGCCAAUAACGCGGACAAGGAAACACAUAAAAAGGCGGAGAAAAUUUGCUUGGAGAUUGGACAUUUAUUUCAAAUGCAGGAUGACUUUAUAGACUGCUUCGGCGUGGAAAAGGUUACAGGAAAAAUUGGCACCGACAUUCAAGAGGGCAAAUGUUCUUGGCUGGCCGUACAAGCUCUACAAAGGUGCUCGCCAAAUCAAAGGAAAGUGUUUGUAGCCUGCUACGGAAGCUCCGAACCAGCGCACAUAGAACGAAUCAAGAGACUGUACGAAGAAUUAGAACUACCCUCGAUCUACCAAGCUGAGGAAAGGCAAAGAUAUGACUCAGUAGUACAGAGUGUACGGCAACUUCCGGAGAGCACUUCCAUACCGCCCGAUCUCUUCCUUAAACUCCUUGACAUGAUAUACGACAGGAAAAACUAGGAUACUGACAUAUUAACUAACAUUAAAGCGGAAUUUACAUUAUGAAAUUAGUGGCAUGAAAUUACUUACACGAUAUUAAUUUCAUUAUAAUUGCACGUGUAAGCGUCUAAUUUGGCAAUAUAAAUUCCGCUUAACAUUAAGGAUUGCGAGAAGUACAGGUUGUUAUCUGAAAUAUCCUGACUGUAUUUAAUGGAUAUAAUUAAGAAAAUAAUAGAGAGGAUUUGUUUUGGAUCUUUUCUAGAUUUAAAAACGAAUGUGUUAUUUUGUUUUCUAUGAAAAAUUAUAAAGAAUGAAGACUGGACUUCCAAAUUGUCAAUAUAUCUUUCGCAAUUCAUUACAGAAUUAGUUUUUACAAAUUUUCAUGAAAGUGGUGCUAUAAAUUUUUUAUUUUUACGUAUUGUAUCGAUUCAUAGAUUAUAGGGCAUAACAUAAUUUUGUAACUUGAAAUUAUUGUUAGGUACUCCCGUAGAUAACUAGCCCUUUUUACGCAGAGUUUAAACUUUCCGAUACCUAACUUCCGUUUCAGUCACCUUAUAGUGAAAUCUAUUAUUUUAUUAGAAGUAAUGGGCGUGGAAAUUAUUUAUUAGGCAUCUAUUUAUAUUAUAAUAUUGGAUUUUUAAUUUGUAAAGACAAUAAAUCCUUUGAAAUACCUAC